AUGGUCGAAUCGAUGCGAGCGCAAGUCGCCGCGUGGCGCCCGCUGCUCGACGGCGUCGGGUUCUUCGCCGACGCCACCGACGCGAUGCAGCGCUCUUUCCUCGCGUGCGUCCUGCGCACCACGACGUUUCGCCCCAGAGAGGCCGUCGCCAAGGAAGGAGACGAGUGCGCGGGGGCGUGGAUGGUGAUGGAGGGGGAGGCGCACGCGAUGGCGAAGCUCGUCGGAGGCGACGAACGGUGGGUCGCCGGAUACUGGCCGGGCGACGGCUUCGGGUUCAACUCGCUCGUGUGGGGGCACGGCACCCACCUCGAGGGGGAUAACGCCUUUGAGGGGGAUAAUAACGCCUCAGAUGGUGAUAAAGUCGGGGAUAAAGUCGAACGGCGCCUGGCGUUCGAGGCGACGAUGAGAUGCGGCGAGGACGUCGACGGGACGGAGCUCGCGUUUGUCGGUCGGGAGACGUUCGCGCGAAUGUUUGAAAAGUCGACUCGCUCGUGGCGUCGAAUGCGUCGGACGGCGCUCGAGUCCGCGGCGCGAGUCGUGGAGACGCGCGAGUCGAAGCGCCCGGCGCCGUUGCGUCCGGGGGAUCCGAACAUCGCGAGGAUGAUCGCGGCGAUGGCGGCGGCGGCGACGGAUGAUCGCGGCGACGGCGGCGGCGGCGGCGGCGGCGGCGGGGACUCGCCGCGCCCUCGCACGCCCCGCACGCCCAGCCCGCGGCGGGGCCGUUCGCCUCCGCCGCCGCCGCUCGUGGAACGCCAGAGCGCGGACCCGACCCGCAUCCACGUGGGGCGACACAUGCCGGACGAGCUGCUCUACCCGGAGGAAUUCGAGACGGAGAGCGAGGGAGAGGGCGAGCGCGACGAAAACGGCCACAAAAACGCUCAAUCCGGGGCUGAAAACGUUGGUCCGACGAACGCGGGCGACGAGACCCCCAGGGAGUUGCGAGCGGGAGGCGCGGGGCGCGGCGGCGGCGUCCGUUCGGGCCGGGACGCGAGGGGCGAGGAGGAGCUCAGGCGGCGGCGCCGGCGCGACGGGAAGGGUUCGACGGUUCGGGACGCCAAUCGACCGGUUCGCCGGCGCGAGCCCUUGGGCCCCAACCCGCGCGGGCCGACGCGGCUGGCGCGGCUCGUGGCGGCGCUGGAGUCGCACCCGGCGUUCGAGGGCGCCGAGCGCGCGGUGUUGUCCGCGGCGGUCCAGGACAUGGAAUCGUGUAUCGUGCCCCCCGGUAAACCGCUCUACAGACACGGCGCCAAGGGCGAUUACCUCUACGUCGUCGAGGCGGGUACGCUCGACGUGAUGGCGCCCAACCCAACGGGCGUCGGGUCGCCGAGGACGGUCGAAACGGUCGGUCCCGGCGGCGUCGUCGGCGACGUCGCGUUGACCUUCGCCACGACCCGGGAGCACACCGCUCGCGCGGGACCGGUGGGCGCCAAGGUUUGGGGAAUGCGACGAUGCUGGUUCGAGAGGACGGCGGGUCGCGCGGUGCACGGCCGCCGCCGGUUGAUCCGGAGGUUCGUCCACGACGUGCCCAUCCUGCGGGGUUUACCCGUGCACGAGCAGUACGCGUGCGCGGAGGGGUUUCGCGAGGCGUUAUUCGCACCCGGCGACGUCGUCAUUCGUCAGGGCGACGAGGCCGAUUACUUUUACAUCCUCGAGGAGGGCGGCGCGAAGUGUUCGGUGCGCUUGCCGGGCGAGCGCGAGCAGUUCCCGGUGGCGCAGUACGGCGCGGGGAGCUACUUCGGGGAGCUGGAGUUCCUCGGGGACGUGCGUAAGGGAGCGGGCGGUGAGAAGAAACGGUCGGAAACGGUCGGCGGCGGCGGGGGUUCAAACAAAGAGUGGCGGCGGCGCAAGGCGACGGUGACGGCGACGACGGCUCUGCGAUGCGCCGCCAUCGAGGGUGCGCGGUUCGCGGAGCUCGUGGCGGAGGGCACGGAACUCCGGCGGCGCAUGGUGCGAGAGGCGCGGACCUACGUCAACAGCAUUCAUUAGGGGCGCCCUACCCUGGGUGCGCUCGUUCGUUCGUUCGUCUCGGGAUUAGAUAGGGUUGUCGUUCGCAUUAAAAAUAUUUCGACG